GCAGAGCAUCCGCGGACUGUAACCGUGCGUAAAGCGAACGCACCCAGACUGAGCAGCGGCGGCGGCGGAGGCGCUUCAGCGGCAGACCCGCUCCUGUGUGCGCCGGACGGACUGAGAGGAAAGCAGCAGACACAGGAGGAGAAGAAGGGCUUUUAUGUUGGUUGGUUUGUUGGGGUUGCUGUUUGUAAAAAGUUUACGGAAAGAAAGAUUGGAUCAGGAUCAGAAAGAUUUACUGCCACACGGGCUGGUUGGAAAGAAGAUCCUGUUAAAGAGGAGAUCAGGCUCAGACAGGAUCGAGGUCCUGGGAUGAAAAUUCUGCGUCCUCUCCCUGUUCCACCCAGACCUCCAGGAGGAGAACACUGGGCGACACUCUGAGAGUGCGUGGUGUGUCUGACACCGUCGGGGUGCCAUGGCUCUGGUUCAGGCACUGCCUGUGUCCGUGACUGACCACCCAAAUCCAGGUCUUGAGGUCCAGCAGUGCCGGCCGCUACCAUCCCACUCCCCCUCGGGCCCCUGCUCUGUCCCCUGUGGGCCCUGCAGCUCUGGGACAGCCAUGGGUUCAGUCAGCAGCCUCAUAUCAGGCCGGACGUACCAGGAGAGACACUGCCGCGCCGCCAGCGAAUUUGCCACCAAACCACGCCGUUCCACGCCGGCUACCAGCUGCUUCCGACUCCAGGAUAACACCCUCCGCAGCGGGAGCUCCCUGGAGCAGCUGCUGGUUAUCACCAACCAAACGCAGCCACAGGUGCAGCUUCUACCUCCCCCGCUGCCCACCAAGAGGCAGCCUCGGCCAGGAAACUCUGCCGGAGCAGGUGGAGGCGGAGCGGUUGGUGGAGCAGCAGGUGGUGGGACUAAUGGAAACUUUGGGUAUGUUACUGAAGAGGUGGUGGUAGGAGACUGGAAUGACAAUGUGGUACUAGCAGCUGGAAGCCCCUGCAGUGACUCCGAGGACCAAAAGGACAACAGGACUGUUAACGGCAACAUCGGAGGGCCACCUCCCAAACUCAUCCCAGUGUCCGGACAGUUGGAGAAGAACAUGGAGAAAGUGCUGAUUCGUCCCACGGCGUUCAAACCUGUAGUUCCCAAAAAUCGCCACUCUGUGCAGUACCUGUCACCGCGGCCGGGGGGCAGUAAUCUCUCAGAGAGCCAGGGCAGCCUUAACCUCCUGCUGCCCCUUGGGGGAUCCAACGGCGCCAGCAGUGCAAACAUCAACGUAGGAAGCAGCAGUUCAAAUUCUGAAGAGAAGCGUAACUCCUACAGCGGAGGCCGAAACGCUCGGAGCAGUCAGUCAUGCUCCAUGUCCGAUUCAGGGAGGAACUCUCUCUCCAGCCUCCCAACUCACAGCAGCACAGGCUAUAGUUUGGCCCCCAGUGAAGGCUCCAGCUCUGGAUCUGGGUCAGGGGGCUUAGGUGGCCAGUUGGAACCUGCGUCAGGCCUGAGCCGCAACACAUCAGGUGGUAGUGGGAGUCAUGGUCACACUAACUCAGACAGUGGACGUUCCUCUUCCAGCAAAAGCACAGGGUCUGGGUCGAUCAGUGGGCGCGGGCAGCCCCUGUCAGACAGUGGGUCCUGUGGACACUCGCCGCCGCCUGUGGAGGGCUACGAGGCUGUUGUGAGGGAACUAGAGGACAAACUGAGGGAACGGGAUCUGGAGCUUCAGCAGCUCCGGGAAAAUCUGGAUGAGAAUGAAGCUGCUAUUUGUCAGGUCUAUGAGGAGAAGCAGCGUCGCUGUGAACGAGAGAUGGAGGAGCUGCGACAGAACUGUGCCUCGAAGAUGAAGCAGGCGUCUCAGAAGGCGCAGAGGGCUCAGCAGGUGCUGCAGUUACAGGUAUUUCAGCUACAGCAAGAGAAAAAGAAGCUGCAGGAGGAUUUCUCUGCUCUGCUGCAGGACAGGGAGACUCUGGAGAGGAGGUGUGCGACCAUCCAGAGGGAGCAGACCCAGCUGGGCCCACGGCUGGAGGAAACCAAGUGGGAGGUUUGUCAGAAGUCUGGAGAGAUCUCCCUCCUGAAGCAGCAGCUGAAGGAGAUCCAGUCAGAGCUCAGUCAGAAGGCAGGAGACAUUGUGGUGCUGAAGGCGCAACUCAGAGAAGCCCGAUCUGAGCUGCAGGCCAGCCAGGUUCGAACCCAGGAGGCCCAGACCGCCCUGAGGACCAGAUCUCUGGAGCUGGAAGUCUGCGAGAACGAGCUCCAGAGACGCAAGAGUGAAGCCGAGCUGCUCCGGGAAAAAGUCGGCCGCUUGGAGGACGAAUCAUCCCGCCUUCGAGACACUCUGUCCAAUCACAGCGGACCAUGUCUAGCUGGAAAUCCAAACGGGAAAGGACAGUGCAUGAGAAGGAGCGGUCCUAGUCCGUCUGUGUACCGCGACGGGGAGGAGACUCAUCUGGUCUGGGCGGGGGAGAGCGACGAGGCCAAGGCACAGAGGCAGAAUGUGGAGGCUGUGUUAGGACUCAGACAACAGGUGGACAGGCUGAAAGCUGAACUCAUGUAUGAGAGGAGGACGAGUGAGGAGCAUCUGUCACGGUUUGAGGAGGAGAGGAGGGUUUGGCAGGAGGAGAAGGAAAAGGUAAUCCGCUACCAGAAGCAGCUGCAGCAGAACUACAUCCAGAUGUACCGCCGAAACCGGGACCUAGAGCGAGUCAUGAGGGAGCUGAGUCUGGAGUUGGAGAACCGGGACAUGGAGGACUAUGAGGUUCACAGUGGCAGCAAUGACAUUCACUUUGAGGAAAUCACCGCCACUGAGAUCUAAACCCACAUUUAAUAGACAGAACCACAACUCACAGACGACCUCUGAGGACGUAAAAACCAAACAAUGGACUCCAGGCCAAAUAACUGCACUAUCUUCACACUAUGGCUUUAUCUGGACCACAGAGUGAUAACUCAUCACUGUCUCAACGGUGCAUCCUUACUUUACGCUAACACAAAAUGCACUCCUCAAAUCCUUGUAAGGUGUCCCAUGGCGCUUUUUAAAGAGUUUUAUUCCACCACAAAGCCAGCACAAAGACUUUUCUUCUAUGAAACUACGGUGAAAAGCAGUGAAAAUCAAGAGUAUUUCUUCUUUUUUGGACCACGUUCAAAUCAGGGUAUCAAAAUCAACAAGAAACCUAAGCAAAAAAUGUUGAGAAACGCACAGGAUUCUGGUCAAAGUGCAGUCCCACCUGGCCACCAGCAUGCAUGUAAUGAAGCCAUCAUUACAGCCGUCCCAUUACUUCCACUGCUGGCUAAUAAUGUUACUAAUGAAGACCUUGCCUCACCACCCGUCCAUACUGUGCUUGAUGAUGACCCUUAGCAACAACCGCUGCACUAGAACCUCCAAAUGACUGCUUAAGGGAAAGCAACACCAAAAUACACACCUGUAUGAACUUUAUAGCAUUGACAGGAUCAACAAUUCAUGUCAUUUAACACAUAUGAGACAGUUUUGCUUUUGUGCUUGUUUUGGCAGCAACCGUAAGUGUCUAGAAGGAAUGUAUUGUCACUCGAGAAAUGCAGUAAAAAUGGUCUCCACUGAGAGAAGGAAGGAAUCUCCUCAGCAACAGAAACAUGGUUUGUUUUGCACAAUGUUCCUGCGCUUUUUUUUUUCUUCCUUCUGUAUGGGAUUUUUUUCCCUCACAGAGCAAGUCAUCACCACUAAAACAACAGUUUUGACGUUUGCUUACAUGUGGACAUCCUUAUUCUGUCUGCCGUCGUGGAGACAGAAACCAAACAUUCAAAGGAAAUGUUUUAUUUGAACACUGUUUCUAGACCACCAACGGGCACACAAUCAACGCGUCAUCUCAUUAAGGCGACGCCGUGAACUUUCACAAAAACAUUUACAUUUUACAGUUGUGUAGCACUGGGAGAAACGUAACAGUACUGAGCAUGGGAGAUAUCAUCGAAAUGCUGCUGAUUCUCCUCUUCCUCUGUCUUUUUCUGCCUUUUGUCUAUCUCUGUCUCUGCUUCUUACUUAGCUCUAUUUUUGUAACGGUGAAAAGCACCUCAGCGGUUGGUAUCAGAGUUGUACGGGCAACUAAAAAUGGAGCAUAUUCAGGUUCGGUUGUGACGUCACUGAGAUAUUUCAGCUGGUGUUUGAACUGUAGGCAUGCUUUUUCAGAAUUUCCAUUUAUUCCCACAUCAUUCUCUUCCUCCUCCUCCUCCUCACUCUCCUUCUUAUUUAGCUUUUAGCGGCAUACAGCCAAAAGAAUAUUUAAAGUCUUCCUAGCCUCCCCCUAGACAAUAAUCUUUAUCGACUGCUAUACAGGUAGUGAGACUGGCAUGUCUGCAUGUCUUUGUUAUUCCAGAUUUCAGGAGAGGCUGGUUCAGGCAGAGGCAGGGUUUGUGAUGUGAGGGGAAAACUGCAGAUGCAGUAGCUUCAGUGCGUCAUGUUUUUUAAGGCAGAUCGGUUGUUAAACCAGCAAGAAGUGAGUUAUCAGUCGAAGCUGUGGGUUGAUUUGUGUUUCUUUAGGCUGAAACUCAGUAAAUGCACUGAGCAUGGUGGGUCUUUAAGAAAAAAACAAAAACGUAGCGGGCUGAAAACUGUUGUCUUUUCUUUUACAAAGAGUCUAUAUCAAGGAAGUAUAGUUAAAAGGAAAUCUAUAUAAUGGAGGAAAUGUUGUAUAUUUUUUUAUAUAUAGCACCUGAAGAUAUUUUGUUGUAGUACUGGUAUCAGUGUGGGUUUAAUAUACAAAAGUAUAAAGACUUCUAUAUAUCUAUCACAUAAACAUCACCAUUUCAAAUGACGGAUCAAUUAUUAAUGGAGGCGGCAGCAGAGAAAGAGUGCACCUAAUACUGUAAUGCAUGAAAGUAUGUUUACAUAUAAUCUGUCUGUGUAACACAAGCUCUCUGAAGACCAAACUUUGCAACUGAUAAAAAAAAAAAAAAAAGUUGGGAGUUUUGUUUUGUGUUGAAGUGUCUCCAUUUUAACUGAUCUUUCAUUUGAGUUUCAGCCUCAUAAUAUUCACACUCGUCUUCACUGUUGGGUUUUUGUGCACGUCGUUCGUUUCUAAAUGCAUGGUCUUCAUGAAGUUGAGGUCAGAGCUGAUGCGAACAAAGACUUUUUAUUUCCUAUACCUGAGAAUUUAAUAGUACCCUUGCAAAAGGCAUUGAUCAGGAAACUAGAUCAGUCUAUAUUUUGCAUGAUACAACAUUACCACAUUUACUGUGGUUUGAGAGAUUAUGUAGGAUGUUUAAAAGCCCGCACUGUGUAAAAACGUAAAGCAUCGGAAAAUGACUCUGAGUGCAAAAAGUUGGGUUUGUUGUGGCUCCGGUUUGUGCCUCUUAUAUAUAACCUGACAUAGGAGUUACAUGUCCAAAUCUAACAUCUACUGAAACAUAAACUUAUUAAAGAUCCAGCACACAAUUGACAACAUUUACCUCUAUUCUAAUGCCAUCAUCAAUCUACAGACACUUACCUAACAAGCUAGGGCACAAA